GAUACACUCGAAAAGUUUUCAAACCGUCGGUGGGGAGCUCGGCCAUCUAUCAAGACACCUCCAUAAGUGGAAGCGUGGACCAAUUGAAUUCGGCAUCAGAGCCACCUUAUAAUCACCGUUCGCUCGCACACAAUCGUUGAAACGCCAGGAGCUCGUCAACGGAUACGGUCGGAAUUUUCGCCAUGCGGGCCGACUUCCUUCUUCCACCAUUGCUUGGUGUGAUUGCCUUGCUUGCUUGGCCUGUGUCGGUCGCAUCCUCUCUCACCUACUGUUCUUCGGUAAAUACAGGCUCCUCGCAAGCAGCAAACGAAAGUACCUACCAGUCCAAUGGUCUUUGCGAGGACCACUGCAGCAACUAUGCGUUUGGUAUUCUUCAGGGAUACGACUGCUGGUGCUCGAACAUUGUUCCCAAUGAAGCGACCAACGUGAACACUUCGCAGUGUAGCCAGGAUUGUCCCGGUUACCCCGAUGAUAGCUGUGGUAGUACUUCAAAGGGCCUUUACGGUUACGUUGAGAUCGUUGGACAUCAGCCGUCCGGAACAGCAACCGUCUCUACGACAUCGACAUCGUCAACCUCGACUUCUUCAUCAUCUGAAACUACUGCUGCUACGACGACGGGAGAAUCUGUUGCAGUCACAACCGACUCUGGGGUAGUCAAAACGGUCACAAUUCCCGCUGCCACAAAAGCAACCUCAACGUCUGCAGCGGACAACCUCUCAUCCGCAAAGAGUAGCGACAACUCUGGUAUGAGCUCAGGAACCAUCGCUGGUGUUGUGGUAGGCUCUGUCGGUGGUGCCCUCGCCAUCCUAGCCUUGAUAUUCGUGUUGUUCUUCGCGAAACGCAAAUCGCGGUCGAACAGCCCAGAUCCAAGUGUACAGUCCAUCCUGCUGGAUGGAAGACAAAGCAAAGGCUCACAGAUGAGUUUUAUGAAGGGCAUGUUUUCCGACAAUCAUAGUCAUACCUUGUCUGCCGGGUCCGCUGCCAGCCGCUUGCCGACGUUUACGGACAACCGCAUGAAAACCGAUACCGUUCUCUACGCGAAUGGCCGCCGAGAUAGCGAUGUCUCACUCCAGGAUAAUGAAGAUUAUUCUCGGCCUGUGUUGCGGCUCACGAACCCCGACUAACGGUUGGGUGUCGCAUAACCCUAUCUCUUCGUGUUUUGCAUUUACAUCUCCUAUGUAUUUCGAUUUGCGUGUUUCGGCGAAAACAGCGGUGUUAUGAUACCCAUUUGUCACAU